CUGUGUGACAGUGCAGAGGAAAUAAAAUCACGUCUGUGGCUCAUGACAGCAUUCCCUAUUCAGUUGUUGGGUUGUGUUGUUGUUGUUGUGUGUGUUUUUAAUAAUCCCUUGUAACUGUUUAAAAAAAUUUCCUUUUUGAUCAAGUCCCAAAUCUGCCAGCCUGUUCUCUCUUCUUAACUGUGGAAAAAUGAGACGGUUGCUUGAACAUGUUGGCUUGGCCGAAGAGGAAAUCAAAACAGAACAGGAGGUGGUAGAGGGCAUGGAUAUCUCCACGCGCUCCAAAGAUCCUGGCUCCACAGACAGAACAGCCCAGAAAAGAAAGUUCCCCAGCCCUCCGCAUUCUUCCAAUGGCCACUCGCCACAGGACACAUCCACAAGCCCCAUUAAAAAGAAAAAGAAACCCGGCUUACUGAACAGUAACAAUAAGGAGCAGUCAGAACUAAGACAUGGUCCGUUUUACUAUAUGAAGCAGCCACUCACCACAGACCCUGUUGAUGUUGUACCGCAGGACGGACGAAAUGACUUCUAUUGCUGGGUUUGUCACCGGGAAGGCCAAGUCCUUUGCUGUGAGCUCUGUCCCCGGGUUUAUCACGCUAAGUGUCUGAGACUGACAUCGGAACCAGAGGGGGACUGGUUUUGUCCUGAAUGUGAGAAGAUCACAGUCGCAGAAUGCAUCGAGACCCAGAGCAAAGCCAUGACGAUGCUCACCAUCGAACAGCUGUCCUACCUGCUCAAGUUUGCCAUUCAAAAAAUGAAACAGCCAGGGACAGACGCAUUCCAGAAGCCUGUUCCGUUGGAGCAGCACCCCGACUACGCGGAGUACAUCUUCCACCCCAUGGACCUCUGUACAUUGGAAAAGAACGCUAAGAAGAAAAUGUAUGGCUGCACAGAGGCCUUCCUGGCCGAUGCCAAGUGGAUUUUGCACAACUGCAUCAUUUAUAACGGGGGAAAUCACAAAUUGACGCAAAUAGCAAAAGUAGUCAUCAAAAUCUGUGAGCAUGAGAUGAAUGAAAUCGAAGUCUGUCCUGAGUGUUAUCUAGCUGCUUGCCAAAAACGAGAUAACUGGUUUUGUGAGCCUUGUAGCAAUCCACAUCCUUUGGUCUGGGCAAAGCUGAAGGGGUUCCCAUUCUGGCCUGCCAAAGCUCUGAGGGAUAAAGAUGGGCAGGUGGAUGCCCGUUUCUUUGGACAACAUGACAGGGCCUGGGUUCCAAUAAAUAAUUGCUACCUCAUGUCUAAAGAAAUUCCUUUUUCUGUGAAAAAGACUAAAAGCAUCUUCAACAGUGCAAUGCAAGAGAUGGAGGUUUACGUGGAGAACAUUCGCAGGAAGUUUGGGGUUUUUAAUUACUCUCCGUUCAGGACACCCUACACGCCCAACAGCCAGUACCAAAUGCUGCUCGACCCCAGCAACCCCAGCGCCGGUGCCGCCAAGAUAGACAAGCAGGAGAAGGUCAAGCUCAACUUCGACAUGACGGCGUCCCCCAAGAUCCUGAUGAGCAAGCCCAUGCUGAGCGGGGGCACCAGCCGCCGGAUCUCCCUGUCGGAUAUGCCUCGCUCCCCGAUGAGUACAAACUCUUCCGUGCACACGGGCUCCGACGUGGAGCAGGACCCCGAGAAGAAGGCCAUGUCGAGCCACUUCAGCGCAAGCGAGGAGUCCAUGGACUUCCUGGACAAGAGCACAGCGUCGCCGGCCCCCAUGAAGACGGGACAAGCAGGGAGUUUGUCCGGCAGCCCGAAACCUUUCUCCCCUCAAGCGUCCACGCCAAUCACCACGAAAACGGACAAAACGCCCACCACCGGCAGCAUCCUGAAUCUUAACCUGGAUCGGAGCAAGGCCGAGAUGGACCUGAAGGAGCUGAGCGAGUCUGUCCAGCAGCAGUCGGCCCCUGUGCCGCUCAUCUCUCCCAAGCGGCAGAUCCGCAGCAGGUUCCAGCUAAAUCUCGACAAGACGAUAGAAAGUUGCAAAGCACAAUUAGGCAUAAAUGAAAUCUCAGAAGACGUUUAUACGGCCGUAGAGCACAGUGAUUCGGAGGAUUCUGAGAAGUCAGAUAGUAGCGAUAGUGAGUACAUCAGUGAUGAUGAGCAGAAGUCCAAGAAUGAGCCAGAAGACACCGAAGACAAGGAGGGCAGUCGGAUGGACAAAGAGCUCUCUGCUGUCAAAAAAAAGCCCAAGAUGGCCAACCCCGUGGAGGUCAAGGAGGAGCUGAAGAGCCCAUCACCACCCAGCGAGAAGGCAGACCCGGGCUCCGUGAAGGACAAGGCAAGUCCCCAGCCCGAGAAGGACUUUUCAGAGAAAGCCAAACCCUCACCUCAUCCCACAAAGGAUAAACUGAAGGGAAAAGAUGAGACGGAUUCCCCAACAGUUCAUUUGGGCCUGGACUCCGAUUCAGAGAGCGAACUUGUCAUAGAUUUAGGAGAAGACCAUUCUGGGCGGGAGGGUCGGAAAAAUAAGAAGGAAUCCAAAGAACCAUCUCCCAAGCAGGAUGUUGCUGCUAAAGCUCCACCACUGUCCUCGACGGCAGGCAGCCAGGCUCCCCCCGAAACGCCGGUCCUCACCCGCUCGUCCUCCCAAACUCCCACGGCCGGCGUCACGGCCACCACCAGCACCACGUCCACGGUCACGGCCCCGGCCACCGCCGCCACGGGAAGCCCGGUGAAAAAGCAGAGGCCGCUCUUACCGAAGGAGACUGCGCCGGCCGUGCAGCGGGCCGUGUGGAGCUCACCAAGUAAGUUUCAAACGUCCUCCCAAAAGUGGCACAUGCAGAGGAUGCAGCGCCAGCCGCCGCCGCCGAGCCAGCCGCAGCCUCAGUCUUCCCAGGGGACGCGCUAUCAGACCAGACAGGCCGUGAAAGCUGUCCAGCAGAAGGAGAUCACGCAGAGCCCGUCCACCUCCACCAUCACCCUGGUGACCAGCACUCAGUCGUCGCCCCUGGUCACCAGCUCGGGGGCCACCAGCACUCUUGCGUCUUCAGUCAACGCAGACCUUCCGAUCGCCACCGCCUCCGCCGAUGUCGCCGCGGACAUCGCCAAGUACACUAGCAAAAUGAUGGAUGCAAUAAAAGGAACGAUGACAGAAAUAUAUAACGACCUUUCUAAAAACACUACCGGAAGCACAAUAGCGGAGAUCCGCAGGCUGAGGAUCGAGAUAGAGAAGCUGCAGUGGCUGCACCAGCAGGAGCUGUCGGAGAUGAAACACAACCUGGAGCUGACCAUGGCGGAGAUGCGGCAGAGCCUCGAGCAGGAGCGGGACCGGCUCAUCGCCGAGGUGAAGAAGCAGCUGGAGCUGGAAAAGCAGCAGGCAGUGGACGAGACCAAGAAGAAGCAGUGGUGUGCCAACUGCAAGAAAGAGGCCAUCUUCUACUGCUGCUGGAACACCAGCUACUGCGACUACCCCUGCCAGCAGGCCCACUGGCCCGAGCACAUGAAGUCCUGCACCCAGUCAGCCACCGCCCCUCAGCAGGAAGCGGACACCGAGGUGAACACAGAAACACUAAACAAGUCAUCCCAGGGCGCGUCCUCCAGCGCCCAGGCAGCCCCGUCUGAGCCAGCUGGCGCCUCGAAAGAGAAGGAGCCGUCCGGGGAGAAGAGCAAGGACAGCAGCUCCACCCUCGACCUUUCUGGCUCCAGGGAGACGCCCUCCUCCAUUCUCUUAGGCUCCAACCAAGGCUCUGUUAGCAACAACCUGCCUAUGUCCCAACCGCCACAGACCACCAGCUGCACCCCAGCUGCCCAGCCCAGAAGUACCACUCCCGGGGCAGUAAGUCCGGCGGCUGGAGCGGCGGCGAUGAGAAGCGAGGGGCGUCGCGGUCUGAGCACAGCAGCGGCUCCAGUUCGAAGAGCCUCCUCCCGAAAGAGUCUCGGCUGGACACCUUCUGGGACUAGGGACAAGCUGCGACACAAGCCAUCCGCCCCACGCAGGAAAAAAAAACCAGACUCCAGGAAAACGGGAAAUGGCAGAGACACGUGAGGCGGGGGAACCACCACCUUCAGACUGAGACCCCCAGACACUCAGACAGGCCUUUCGGCGGAGGGUCCCCACACUACACAACGUCCACCCUUCGCUCCGAGGACCGUCCCGCCCACACGGACUUCGCUCUAGAUGUAAAUAAUGUACAAUUUGUGGAUGUCACUGAACCUAGAGUACCUUCCCCUUUUUAUAUUUGUAUUGACUUUAACUUAUAAAAAAAAAAAAAAGAAAAGCAAUUAAAAAACACACACACAAAUCCAACAACAAAAAGAAUGUUUUGCUGUUGGAACGGGCUGAUCGGUCAGCCCAUCUUGUCACUCAGCGGGAUGGGGACAGGGCCCGGCGAGGUCGCACCCGGGUCCUCCUCCUGGGGUGCCCAGGGCGACGGGAGCUGUUGUCAUUGGUGCGUCUGGACGCAGCGCACCGGGACCGUGAGUUCUGUGCUGUCCUGCGCACACCUCAAGCCAUCGGCCCCUUUCCGGUACUGCGUUACCAGGUUAUCAAAUGCAAGCUCUCUGGACCGGGACGACCCGCGCAGAAGAAGCUGGUAUCUUUUAUCUGACUUCAGUGAUCACUCCUAAGAGGGAAAACCUAACGUCCUUGUUUACAGAAGAGAAACAGAAACAAGCCGCUCUCAGCUCCGUGGCAGAAGAACAUCCAACGUUUCGGGUCCCAAGGUCUGCAACAGAGAGAAAUCUUUUUCUUCGCAUUGUGGUUCCUUUCAACACACUCACACCCACUUGGAAAGAGAGGCUGUGUUUUUCGGAAGCAAGGACUCCAGAGGCAGGACGCACGCAGAGGACAUUCGAGUCUGGGAUGAAGCAUGUCUAGUAUUUAUACGACGGGAUUUUGCGUUUUUAUGGAAGCAUGAAACCAAGGCAGUGUGAGAGAGAGCGCCCGCCAUGCUGUCUGUUACACUACGUAUACUGUAGUUCCAUUUUGUAUGUUGUGUAAAACAAAAAGCAUCGAACACGCAGAGGGUGAUGUGUGUAUAUGAGAAAAUUAAUUGUACGAUAUCAUUCCAGUACAUUUUGUUGUACAUUUUAGUCUCGUUUACUUUCUCUUCGUUGUCGAUAAGAGGAUGCGAGUUACCCACCUUAGAGGAGAAAUAAAGCGUAUCGGAAGAAAACAGGAGAGAAAGAACAUUUGUGAAUCGCAGUUGUCAACGAAACAAAACUAGCCUAGCGGGCCUUAUUUGUGAAGCAUAAUUGCUUUUAGCAUAUGGAAGUAUUUUUUCACAUUUUCUUUGUAUAAAAUUUGUAUUAAACUUAAAUAUCUUUUUUGAUGCUGGUGUUUCUUUGUGACUGAGCCAGUGGACUCGCACGGUAUGCUCUUUUGGGUUUCUCCCCCCGCCCCCCCCAAUUUUUUUCAGACUCUUCACCUUUUUUUAAUUAAACUGUUUUUGGAAAAA